CUCUUAUUUCCUUUCCAGUAUGACUCCACUUGGAAAAUACAGAAAGAAAACAGUAGUAUUAGAGCUACCAGGGGAUCUGACAGUGUUCACAGUAGACUGGCUCUCACUGUAUGACAUACAGCAAGAGAAGGUAUUAGGAUCUAUCAUUAUCCCAGAAGAGCUUAAUGUACCACCUUCCCUUGUUAAAGUCAUUCCACAUGAGAAUAGCAUGCCAAACUGUGAGCAGUUGUACAAAGACUUUCAGGUAUCAUGGGAGGUGUUUGGUGACCAGAUCACCAUGGAACUUGCUGCACAAGUUGGAGAGAAUGAUUAUGUAGCUUUUGGCAUGAGUGGAUCACAAACUAAGCCAGAGAUGAUUGGAGGAGAUGUUGUGGUGUCGUUUAUGGAGGGUUACUUAGGAAAUCUCAUAGACUACAACAUGUCUUCAUACAUGCCACGGACACUGGAGACAUACCAUACCCAGACACAGGUGAAGCCAUGAUAAUCUGGGCCCUUGGUACACUCGAUAGUAUUAAGAAGCCAACCAUGCAUUAUGCUUGGUCAAAGGUUAAACAGCAACUUACAUUCUCAAGGAAGGCAACAGAGAGGAAAUGUUUUGCUUUCACUCGCAGUGAUAAGCCAAGCCUAAAGCGUUGGCCUAGGUUUCACUUGGCAGAUCCUGCAGCUCGCGAGUUCACUGCUCGCUUGGGUCCUGAUGGAGGUUCACGUGGAUACUCUGCCAUAACACAACAAUACUCAGACACAGGAUUGGCAUGGUAUAUAAAUGGUUACCUUGUCCCUGAUGUGUACAUAAAGAGAAACACAAAAUAUAGGUUCUUGGUUGAAGGCGGCUCCAACCCAUAUGACCCCAGAAGCUACCACCCUAUGAUCAUUACAGAUGAGCCACAUGGUGCAUAUUCUCAACUGUCAGAAGACCAGCAGAAAGAAGUUCGUGUUUUAGCUGGCAUUGGUUACUCAGUCAGAGGAGAUCCAAGACCUUUAGCAGCUGGACGUUUAUGCUUGUGGAAGCACACGCAAGACGGGGACCGACGUAAAGAUGUGGAGUUCAGCACAUUUGAGCGUUUUCGCAACUCUUUAAUGUUGCAGUGUGGUGAAGGAGAAGCUGCUGUUUUGGAGUUCACCCCAAACAAAUCCUGGCCUGAUGUAGUAUACUACAAUAGCUGGACAGCUCCGAACAUGGGCUGGCGUCUCCACAUUCUGGAAGAAAUACACACAGAACAAAUUUUGGCUGCAGUCAGUGGUAGUCAGGGAUUAAGAUUUAUUGUCUGGCAUAAAUUUUCCUUUAUUUUAUGUUUAGGUGUAUGGACAGUAUUGAUCCUAAUAUAACUUUAUUGAAAAUUAGAAUGCUAUUACUACCAGGUUGCAACAGUAAAUGAUCAAUGCAGGUUGUGUUUUUGUCAUGAAUAUAAUUAUUGUUGGGUACACUGUAAUUUAUAGCUUUUACUUUGAAUCUUAGUGAACUUUGUUAAAUGUCAGUUAGCCUUUUUGUGUAAAAUAAGUUUAUAUUUUCUCAUUUAUUCAUCAGUCAAUUUUAUAUAUAUUUAGAAAUGUGUGUAUAUAUAUCUAGCUAGUUUUCUGUUCCAGCGACUCAGCGCUGCAGUUCAGAGGGGUACUGCUGUAUCCUAGGUAUAUGCCCUAGCUCUGAGGAGCUUGAUGAGAUUUUUGCAUUGUAAUUUGUGAUAAACGCGUAGCAGUAUGUACUUGAAAUGUAUCCCUCAAACCUCAUGUACUGUAUAGGCCAUCUUUGUACCAGCAAUGUAUCUUUUGAAGUCUUGUGUACCAUAUUAUGUAAUAAAAUAUACCUAUUGGUC